AUGACAUAUCCAAGAACAUUAAUCAUAUUGCCAUGUCAUUCAAUAUGGAAGCAAGGAGGUCAAACUUUAGGGGUUGAUCAAAAUGAAUGGCAUUUAGCCGAUUUCCAAUUAGAAGGACAAGAUCAUUUAGUAUUUAGAGCACAAAUAUUAGAUAGUCUAAAAUUACUACAACAAGAUGAAGACUCAUAUUUGAUUAUAUCUGGAGGUGCAACUAAGAAAGAAGCAGGACCGGUAUCUGAAGCAUUAUCAUAUUUCCAAUUAGCACAACAUUUCAUAUGCGACGAUACAACUUUAUUGGAUAGAAUUAAUCUUGAAGAAUUUGCUCGAGAUUCUUUUGAGAAUGUGAUAUUCUCAUUAUGUCGAUUCUAUGAAAUCUUUGGUGCAUAUCCUGAAAAUAUCACGGUUGUUGGAUUUGAAUUUAAACGAGGGAGAUUUGUUCUUCAUCAUUUAGAACAAGCAUUAUGUUUCCCUAAAGAAAAAGUCACAUAUAUUGGAUCUUCACCGAUUACUGAUCAUUUAACUGAAGAAGCAAGAGAAAGAUAUUAUCAAGAAUUGGAAAGCAAUGAAUUCAAACAUGCAUUAAGAUAUUUCCAACAAGAUUGGUAUGGAAUAAAUGGUUCAUUGAAGGAAAAGAAGAAGAUCAGAAAUCCUUAUAAUAAAUAUCAUGGAUAUGCCAAUAGUAAUCCGAAUUUGGCUGAUUUCUUAAUGGCAAUUAAUGAUAAUUCUGCAGCGCAACCAAGUGAAAAUAUCAGGGCAUUAAUAGAUAAAGUACCCUGGAUAAACAAUUAG